CACAUGGUCGGUGUCUUCUUUUUGGCGCCACUUCAAAAUAAUCACUUUCCAAUCUGCCCGGGCUCAGGGACCGUUUGACCGUAUCAGUACUUUGAUGUGAGGUCUCGCCUGACUCGCUGCCCUCUAUCCUUUCCUUCUAGCAUUUUUGAGCGUUUCUCCGUGUUCAGCACCGGUCUCACAACCAUGUGGUUUCCAAGCUCAUGUGCUUCGCUAUGUCUGCUGGCGGUUUCCAUAGCGAGCACACGAGCUGCUGUCGAAGCAGAUCCCGAAAUGAAGAGCAUACCAGUAACAUCUCCAAAGAUACGUGCCAGCCUGCGACUGCGCUGACCAUCUGGAUCUAGUUGCGCACCCACAGCCUCUCACCUCCAUACCUCGAUUCGGACAUGUCCAGCCGGUGGUUUGACUUCGGAGGCGACACCAUCAUUCGAGCAGAUCAAUAUAUUCGACUGGCCUCUGACAUCCCCUCGCAGUCAGGUUGGCUCUUCUCUCGAAUACCAAUCACCGCAACCAACUGGGAGGUGGAGUUUGAAUUCUCCAUAGCUGGAAAGGGCCAUCUACAUGGUGAUGGAUUCGCCAUGUGGAUUACAAAGGAAAGAGCUCAACCUGGCCCGGUCUUUGGCCACGCGGACAAGUUCGAGGGCAUUGGUCUUUUCUUCGACACGUACAAGAACAACCGACCCGGCGUCGUCUUUCCUUAUGUCAUGGCAAUGAUGGGCGAUGGCAACACAGCAUAUGACUUGGCGAACGAUGGCAAGGCCAACGAGAUUGGCGGCUGCUCCGCUCGAGGACUUCGUGCAUCGACCGUGCCCUCCAGGGCCAAGUUGACCUAUUUUCAGGACAAAUCGCUCAGCUUGAAAUUGCAAUACAAGACUGCAGAUACGUGGAUUGACUGCUUCACCAUCGAACCCACCGCGAAACAGCCUCUCAAGAUGCCCAAUACUGCAUACCUCGGCUUCAGUGCCCACACUGGUGAACUGACUGACAAUUUCGACAUCAUCAGCGUCGAAACACGAAAUCUAUACAAUCCUGUGGCUGCCAACACAGGGAGGGCAAAGGCAGCAGCUGCCAGGUCGAGCGGAAGAGGCAGACCACCUAAACAGAGCAGUGGCUGGGGAUGGUUUUUCUUUAAACUUAUCUUCUUCGCCGGCUUGGUUGGAGGCGGUUAUAUCGGCUACACAAAGUACAAGGAGCGGCAACGCUAUCAGAGAUUCUAGGAGGACCAAACAUGCUUGCCGCUGAGUGUCGGGCACGGAGAUGUCGCAUGUAACAAUAAAUCAUGAAACACAUACUUAGUAUCUCCUAGGAGCAACCUGUUCCCCUGACUUGUCCAUCCAAGUAUUUGUACAUAGGGACUACGGAGGUAUAUGUUGU